UGCCGCGCAAGUGGAGCAGUAGUGGAGACGAUCGAAGGGCGCCGUACGUCGUGUUCGCUCGCCGUGACAAGAUCGAUUGAGCUUCUCUUUCUCUCUUCCUCGUCUCGCCCUCGCCUUCCGCCUUUUUCGCCUCGGAUCACAAGCUGCGACGCCGCGCGUUCAUGUCGCCUCCAUCCACUUGUUGUAAAGCUCGAUCGACCUCGCCGCCUGUCACAUCCUCUCUUUUCGGUCGUCUGAUCGAUCUCUGAGCGGGGUAAGCUAUAAAAAAGAUGUCCAUGGCGAGAGACGACGACGACGUCGAGGCGGCAGCGGAUGGUGGUCGUCACCGUCGUGAGCACUGGGCUGUGGCGGAGGACGGCGGCGGCGCGGGGGCUCUGGUGUGGGACUGCGGCAGCGCGCUGUACGACUCGUACGAGCUCACCUCCUUCCGCCGGCAGCUCGACGCCGCCGUGCUCUCCUGCGGCGGCGGCCGGUCGCUCUCCAUGCCGCACCACCUGCCGUCGUCGGCGCAGACGCAGCAGCAGCAGCUGCCGGCGGGGAGGAGGAGGCGGAGGCGGCGCCGGAUUCCGGAGAUGCUCAGGAGGCUGUUCGGCAAGGUGCUGCUCCGGCUGCGGUUCCCGGCGUCGAGGGCGGCGCGGGGCGGCUGGUACGACUACGGCGCCCACGGCGACGGCCGCCCGGGGUCGCCGUGGUCCGGCGCGCUGACGUCAAUCCCGGAGGAGAGCGCCAGCCCAGAGAACGGCGCGCUGCCGUCGACGUCCCCCUUGGUGGACGCCGGCGGCGAGCCGAGCGCGCUCCGGCUCCGCAAGGCGCAGUCGGAGCGCUUCGUCGGCAGCAAGACGGCGUCGUCCAUGGUGCAGUUCGAUGUCGUCUUGUAGCCGCUGCUGCAGCACAGCAGCAGUACACUAUUUACUUGUGCAGUUUGUACAACUAUUGAAAGUAGCUAGUGUUCUGUCUGAUCAUGUAACACUUGUAAUAUGUAAAUAGGUAAUUAGGUAAAUUUAGUCAUCAUGGAAAGUAAUUAAUUAAGCUGGCUUCAGGUCUUCAAGCAGUGCAACAGUGGGGAUUGAGACCUGCAUUUUGUUUGGUUGUGCUCUCAAGUUUGGAAGAUGGGGAAUAGAAAUUGAAUAACGGGAGCUUUGAAAUU